AUGGCCGCACUCGUCCACUCGAGCCGUGCGACUGCUGCUUGCUCGCGCUGCCACCUCGUGCUGCGCCUUCGCGCCGGUGCUAGGGGCCUCUCCUCCGACGUCGCUGCGCGCUACGAGCCGCAGCGUCUGCACCCGCGCCUGUUUGAGCCUUCAGAGGUGGUUAGCUCGUGGCUCGACCCUGCCGCUCUCGCGUUGCUGCAAGACGUGGAGCUCGCCGACCUGACGGACACCGACCCCUCGUCCGUCGCCCUGCGCAGCGUUGCGACAGAGGCGCGAGAGAUCUACUCGUUCCCGCUGCUCAGCCCGCAGGCCUGCCGCAUGCUGGUCGAGGAGGUCGAGCACUUCCAGCUGUCAGGACUGCCUGCCCGUCGGCCAAACUCGAUGAACAACUACGGCCUCAUUCUCAACGAGAUUGGGCUGCGCGCGUCGCUGAGCAGGUUGCAGGCUGCCAUCGCGCCGCUGGCACGCGCCGUGUUCCCCGCCGAGGGCCGCUCUCUUGACGACCACCACAGCUUUGUCGACGACUCGGACGUCACGCUCAACGUCUGCCUCGGCUCUGACUCGUUCGAGGCGAGCGGGCUCACCUUCUGCGGCGACAUGGGGUCGGCAGACCACCGGCUGCGCUCGUACAAGUACGCCCACCGGCUCGGCCGCGCGGUGAUGCACUUGGGGAGGCGGCGGCACGGCGCGGACGACAUCACCAAGGGUCACCGCCUCAACCUCAUCAUGUGGAACUACAACAAGGAGUUCCGCGCCUCGCCCGAGUUCCGGGCACGCUCCUUUGCUCGCGAGGGCUCGCCCCCCGACGCCGAGUGCAUCAGCUACACACACGACAGAGAUUACGAGGCCGUCAGCGGUGUGCAGCGGCCCGCGCCGCAUUUGGCGUCCUCGGCGUGGUGUCCGCCACCGCCCGCCGAGUACGACGGAUUUGGAUCUCACAACAAGUAA